AUGGACGCUGCGCUGCUCCACAGCCUGCUGGAGGACAAUUGCAGCCUACAGCUGGCCGAAGAGCAGCUCUGGGACGACUGGGUGCCGCCCCUGAACCCCGAGGGUCCCUACUCCUACUGCAAUGCAACCUUGGACCAGAUUGGGACGUGCUGGCCUCUGAGCGUGGUCGGAGCCCUGGUGGUGAGGCCGUGCCCGGAGUACUUCAACGGUGUCAAGUACAACACUACUGGAAAUGCCUACCGGGAGUGCUUGGAGAAUGGCACGUGGGCCUCACGGAUCAACUACUCACAGUGUGAGCCCAUUUUAGAUGACAAGCAGAGGAAUUACGAGCUGCACUACCGCAUUGCCCUCAUCAUCAACUACCUGGGUCACUGUGUCUCUGUGGUGGCCCUCGUGGCUGCCUUCCUGCUGUUCCUGGUCUUGCGGAGCAUCCGCUGCCUGCGGAACGUGAUUCACUGGAACCUCAUCACCACCUUUAUCCUGCGAAAUGCCACGUGGUUCCUGCUGCAGCUCAUCGACCAUGAAGUGCAUGAAAGCAACAAGGUCUGGUGCCGCUGCAUCACCACCAUCUUCAACUACUUUGUGGUCACCAACUUCUUCUGGAUGUUUGUGGAAGGCUGCUACCUGCACACAGCCAUCGUCAUGACCUACUCCACAGAGAGCCUGCGCAAGUGGCUCUUCCUUUUCAUCGGAUGGUGCAUCCCCUGCCCCAUCAUCAUUGCCUGGGCGAUGGGCAAACUCUACUAUGAGAAUAAACAGUGCUGGUUCGGCAAGGAGCCCGGCGACCUGGUGGACUACAUCUAUCAGGGGCCCAUCAUCCUCGUACUCCUGAUCAACUUUGUAUUUCUAUUCAACAUCGUCAGGAUCCUAAUGACAAAACUGCGAGCAUCCACCACCUCGGAGACGAUCCAGUACAGGAAGGCGGUCAAGGCGACUCUGGUUCUCCUGCCCCUCCUGGGCAUCACCUACAUGCUCUUCUUUGUCAACCCUGGGGAGGAUGACCUGUCGCAGAUCGUGUUCAUCUACUUCAACUCCUUCCUACAGUCCUUCCAGGGUUUCUUUGUGUCUGUCUUCUAUUGCUUCUUCAAUGGAGAGGUACGCUCAGCUGUGAGAAAGAGAUGGCACCGCUGGCAAGACCACCAUUCCCUCCGAGUGCCCGUGGCUCGGGCCAUGUCCAUCCCCACGUCACCCACGAGGAUCAGCUUCCACAGCAUCAAGCAGACAGCCGCCGUAUAAUGCAUCAGCCGCCCCAGACGCCCAGCCAUCACUCCACCGACAGGAUAGCUUCCUCAUCCUCCACCACUGCCUGCCUCUGGGUUCUCCUGGCUGGUGGGGGCAGAAAAGAGGGGGAGGCCAGCUGUGCAGGCUGGCAGGAGAGAGGCUACGUAGCCAGCCAUGUCACACUGCGGCUCCAAGCUGGGCCCAAGUCUCAGUGCAAAAGGGAGCAGAGCAGAGAAGUCCCAAGCACCCCGAGAAGAGUGGGGUCGCAUGUCUUCAGGAGUUUGCCCACAUCAGCCUCUUGCUGGAUCCCCACUGUGGUCCUAUAUGCAGAUGAGGAAACUGAGGCCCAGAGCCAGAAGGGCUUGCCAGGACAAGUCAUGGUAGACAUAUGGCUCUGAUGCCACACUCAUGGACAGGUCUUCUGGCUAGUGGGCAAGCAAUGGUUGGCCCUGCUCCCUGCUUUCUGCCUCAGCUAAGUGGUGCCCUCUGUAUUGGGGGCAGGGGUUAUGGGGGGGCAGGGACACAGCCACUGAAGGAAAGUCAGUUCUGCUGUCUUCCUCCUCAGCAGUCUGUACACCACUCCCCUAAUCUGCAUCCUCCUUGUCCUUGGGACCCUUUGAAGGAAGGAUGCUACUUCUUUUCUCCUGGGAGACCCCACAGAUUCAGGCCUAGUCCACAGAUUCAGGGCCUUGGGGAGGGACAGGUGGGAAGCAAGGCAUGGUCAGAGCUGCCAAAUACUGAUGUCAACAAGAUACACCUUGCAGAAAGGACAGGAAAAAGCAUGGGAGGGGGAGGAAGGAAGACGUGGGAUUGGAAUAGCAGAAACAGUCUUUGGUGAUAGGAACUAAACCCCAGGCCCCACCUCAGGCUGGACUCAGUCUCCCCUCAGAUAAGACAUCUCUGCUCUCUGAAAUAAACCAUGUCUGUGUAAACACCUCCCCUGAGGUCAGGUCAACCAGCAUCGGAAGGGGGGAGUGGGCCAAGGGUGUGGGGGCUGCUGAGACCCUCUGGCCCUGGCCUGGAGCCAGCUCUUCCUGAGGCCCAGUGCGCCAGUGGGCCUGUCCCUUCAUCACCUCAGCGCCACCAGUGACUGCCCCCUUUUCUCAAGCAAGGGCAGUUUAAGUCAGGAUUGAGGAGUGGAGUGGCUCACCCAGCCCAGCCCGUCUGCUCCCAAAGGCCAGGGCUCUGGACUCUGGAUGGAAAUGUAGACAAGGCUUUACAGUCACGUGAGCAGCUCCUCCCAAUUUUGUUUUAAAUUAUAUAUUCUAUCUUGUGUAUUUUCAAGAUGAUGUCUGAUUUUUUUUUUUUCCACAUAAGGUUUGAGUUGCAAGGGAUGUGAUUUCUGGCAUUUGGUAAAU